AGUGCUUAGCGAAGAUGGCGGCGUGUAGACGUGUACAGCUAUUCCUGCUGUUAAUAUUCAUCUCCGACUGGAUCUGUUCUGGUCAGGGAGGCAAACCACCGAGCUUAGACGAUGAACAUGCCCCGGAUAAUAUUGACAGAGCCAAGAAUCCAGCCGGAGAGGGGAAAGCGGCGGCGGUGGAUGGGGCCCCUGUGGCCUGGCGCAGCGGCGGCUGGAAGCUUGCAGAGGAGGCGGCCUGUCGGGAGGACGUGAGCAAGAUCUGCCCCAAACACUCCUGGAACAACAAUCUGGCCGUGCUGGAGUGUCUGCAGGACCGAAAAGACGAGUUGGAGAUUGGCGCAGACUGCAAUCAUCUUCUGUGGAACUACAAGCUAAAUUUGACAACAGAUCCAAAGUUUGAGUCUGUCGCUGUUGAAGUGUGCAAGAGUACCAUCAGUGGGAUUAAGGAGUGUGCCGCAGAGGAGCGUGGGAAAGGUUACCUGGUGUCGUGUUUGGUCGAUCACCGCACUAACAUCUCAGAGUACCAGUGUAACCAGUACAUCACAAAGAUGACCAGUAUCAUCUUCAGCGAUUACCGCCUUAUCUGCGGCUUCAUGGACAAGUGCAAGGACGAUAUCAACAAACUACGCUGUGGAAGCGUCAACACGGGCGAGAAGGAUGUCCACUCUCAGGGCGAAGUGAUUGCCUGUUUGGAGAAAGGGCUUGUGACUGAAGCCGAGGAGCAGCCUGGUCAAUACACUAUUAAAGAGGACUGUAAGAAGGCCAUCAUGCGUGUGGCUGAGCUCUCCUCUGACGACUUCCACCUGGAUCGCCACCUGUAUUUCGUCUGCCGGGACGACCGCGAACGCUUCUGUGAAAAUACUCCAGCAGGAGAAGGCAAAGUCUACAAAUGUCUUUUCAACCACAAGUUUGAGGAGAGCAUGUCGGACAAAUGUAAGGAUGCUCUUUCCACUCGUCAAAAGCUCAUUGCUCAGGACUACAAGGUCAGCUACUCACUGGCUAAAGCCUGUAAACCAGACCUGCGCAAAUACCGCUGCAACAUGGAUACGGCGAUGCCACGAGCACGGGAGGCCAAACUAUCAUACCUGCUGCUGUGUCUGGAGUCAGCCGUACACCGAGGUCAAACGGUGAGUGGCGAGUGUCAGGGAGAGAUGUUGGACUACAGGCGGAUGCUGAUGGAAGAUUAUUCUCUCAGUCCAGAGAUUGUGCUGCAUUGCAGAGGGGAGAUUGAGACACACUGCUCUGGCCUGCACCACAAAGGUCGAACCCUCCACUGCCUCAUGAGGGUGUCCCGGGACAAGGGCAUCUUAGAGGGCCACUGCCAGAAAGCUCUCCAGACACUGAUACAGGAAACGGACCCCGGGGCAGACUACCGCAUCGACAGAGCUCUCAACGAGGCCUGCGAGUCUGUCAUCCAGACCGCAUGCAAACACAUUCGCAAUGGAGACCCUAUGAUCCUGUCUUGUCUUAUGGAGCACCUGUACACUGAUAAGAUGGUUGAAGACUGUGAACACAGACUACUAGAGUUGCAGUACUUCAUCUCUAGAGACUGGAAACUGGACCCCAUCCUGUACAAAAAGUGUCAGAAUGAUGCCGCUCGUAUCUGUCACACUCAUGGCUGGAAUGAGACGAGUGAAUUUAUGCCUCCCGGCGCCGUUUUCUCCUGUCUGUACCGCCACGCUUACCGCACUGAGAUGCAAGGACGACGGGGUUCAUCAGAAAGUUCGGAAGUAAGUUUGGAAGAACUAUCUCGGGACUGUAAAACAGAAGUUCAGAGGAUCCUCCACCAGAGGGCGCUCGACGUCAAACUGGAUCCAGAACUGCAGCAGCGUUGCAUGACAGACCUCGGAAAGUGGUGCAGUGAGAAGACUGAACCUGGACAGGAAUUGGAGUGCUUGCAGGAUCAUUUGGAGGAUCUGGUCUCUGUCUGCAGGGAUGUGGUGGGAAACCUCACAGAAUUGGAGUCUGAGGACAUUCAGAUCGAGGCGCUGUUGAUUCGAGCCUGUGAGCCCGUCAUCCAGUCGCACUGUCAUGAGGUGGCUGAUAAUCAGAUAGACACAGGGGAUCUGAUGGAGUGUCUGGUUGCCAAUAAGCACCAGAAGGAAAUGAACGAGAAAUGUGCUGUCGGAGUCACACACUUCCAGCUGAUCCAGAUGAAGGACUUCCGCUUCUCGUACAAGUUCAAGAUGGCAUGCAAGGAGGACGUGCUGAAACUAUGCCCCAACAUCAAGAAAAAGGUGGAUGUGGUGAUCUGUCUGAGCACUACAGUCAGAAACGACACGCUACAGGAAGUGAAAGAUCAGCGAGUCUCCAUGAAGUGCCGUAAACAACUCAGAGUCGAGGAACUAGAGAUGUCUGAAGACAUUCGUCUAGAGCCGGAUCUGUAUGAAAGCUGUCGACAGGACAUCAAGCAGCACUGUCAGAAUGUGGUGUUUGGAAACGCUCAGGUUAUCGAGUGUUUGAAGGAGAAUAAGAAGCUGUUGACGCAGCACUGUCAUCAGAAGCUUUUCAGACUGCAGGAGACUGAGAUGAUUGAUCCAGAACUGGACUUCCAGCUCAUGAGAGUCUGCAAGCAGAUGAUCAGGCGUUUCUGCACUGAGACGGAUGCGAAGAACAUGCUGCAGUGCCUCAAACAAAACAAGAACAGUGAGCUGAUGGACCCGAAAUGCAAACAAAUGAUCACCAAGAGACAGAUCACCCAGAACACAGAUUAUCGUCUGAACCCUGUGCUGAGGAAGGCUUGCAAGGCCGACAUCCCCAAGUUCUGCCAGAGCAUUCUGAACAAAGCCAAAGAUGACAGUGAGCUGGAGGGACAGGUCAUCUCCUGUCUCAAACUCAAAUAUGCAGACCAGCGUCUUUCUCCGGACUGUGAGGAUCAGAUCCGUGUAAUUCUGCAGGAGUCUGCGCUAGACUACAGACUCGACCCACAGCUGCAGUUGCAGUGCAAUGAGGAGAUCCCGCGGCUCUGUGCGGAGGAGGUCGCAGCGCAGGAGCAAACGGGUCAGGUGGAGGAGUGUUUGAAAGUCAACCUGCUGAAGAUUAGCCAUGAGGGAUGUAAAAAGGAGGUGCUGAACAUUCUGAAGGAGAGUAAGGCAGAUAUCUUUGUGGAUCCAGUUCUACACACAGCUUGCGCUCUGGACAUCAAACACCAAUGUGCCGCAAUCCCACCUGGCCGAGGAAGGCAGAUGUCGUGUCUAAUGGAAGCUCUCCAGGAUAAGCGUGUGAGAUUACAGCCAGAGUGUAAAAAGAGAUUACAGGACCGCAUUGACAUGUGGGGUUACGCAGCCAAGGUAGCACCAGCAGAAGGUUUCUCCGACCUGGCCGGUCAGGUUUUCUUGUCUCCUGCUAAGAACUACAUCCUGAGCAUUCUGUUGACAUGCGUUUUGGUGCUCUUCCUCAUGGGUCUGCUGUGCGGCCGCAUAACCAAGCGUGUGACGCAAGAGUUGAAGAACAGAAAACUUGAUCAGCCGUGGGCUACACCCUUACAGAAGGACAGGACGGUACAUUCCUAUUAAGUAACAAAAAAUUGUUAUAAUGUUGAAAUGAUUAAGCACACCCAAAAAUGAAAGUUCCAUGUGAUAAAGUCAUAGAAGUUUUGAAAGACAUGAAUAAAUGAUGAAUGAAUAAUAAAAUAAAAAAAUUGGGUCAGCUGUAUAUAAAUUUAUAUUAAUUGGCUUGUGCUCAAAUUACAUUUUGCAAGCAAGACAUUUUUUAUUGUAGUCCAUGCUAUUGAAUGUAUCCACAUUGAGGUGAUUUCUGUAGUAAUUUGAAUGCAAAAUUCAUUAAACAACAUUUGAGGUAAUGCACCAAAUGUACCUUUAGCUUCAUGUGCUUUGAAUGAUUUGAAUAUUUCUGCUAAUAAAGCUUUGAUACAUGCUUCUUUGAUGUGGGUUUCCUGCAAAGAUGGGGAAAAAUUAAUUACAGCCAAAUAUUUUGUUUAUUUUCAUAGCUACUUAAAAUACAGCUCUUCCCUCUAUUUCCUUAUAAUGUGUUCAUCUCUCCACUUGCAGCAGUGAAAAAAUAAUUUCUUUUAACAGUAAAUAUCCUUUUUUUCUACGCCUUGAAAGUGAUUCAAACAUGUAUUUUGGACAUAUUGAUACAAACUUCUUGAACUGUGGUGGUGUUGUGUUAUAACCAUAUUCAUUCAUAGCGACUGAUUUUACUCAAACCACUGUUUUUUUAUUCAUUUUUAUUUUAUUUUUGCAGUAUGCCACACUUUUCGGGGGGAAAUGUACUUAAAUAUAAUAUUUUUAUUAGAUUUUUCCCGCGUGAAAUAUGACCCGAAUAAGUUUUUGUUAAAGAAUCCAUCCAAUCUAGUCUUGCUCACAUUUCAUAUUCACACAUGCACACAACAGGCCAGUAGUUUGUAUCAAUAAUAAGGGUGUUAGUAUGCUGUCCAAGUACUCGAUUAUUUCCAUGGCUGGAUGAAAACUGGGCAACUUUUGGUUGACUUUCUUACAUUGUCUUCGCGUUAUUUUGAACGAGUUAAACUAGCACUGGAAAAACUUAUGUAUGUGACAUCUGCUCACCGCCGUCAUUAACAACCACUGCUUCCUGUCUGUCAAAUCUGAUAUAUGACAGAAAUUAUACAUGACAAGGAUGAAUUGUUUUUGUAUUUUCUUUCUGUGUACAAAUUUAUUAUGAAAAGUAUUUUUCCUCAAAUCUGAUUAAACCAUGUACUAUACAGAUAUAACAAAACCAAAUGUGCAUUUCUUUUGUCAUUUUUGUUUUGUUCUGUACAAGUUGAAUUGAACCUUUGUUAAUAAAAUGAUCUGAUGGUUUGUA